AUGGACGAAAAGAAGGAUCAAAGGAAGUCCGGACUUCAGGUCCCAAUUGAUCCCAUCACGCUAUCAGAGGUGGCUUCGGUAGCAAAGUCUCUUAUCAAAAAAGAGGUUUGGGACUACUACGAUUGCGGUGCAGACAGCCAGACCGCACCACAUGAGAAUGAAGCAGCAUUCAAAGUCCUCAAAAUCCUCCCUCGAGUACUUCGAGAUGUCUCUUCGGUCAGAACCAAAACCACUCUUUUCGGACGAGAAUAUCCUGUCCCAUUCGGUCUCGCACCAAGCGCGAUGCAGAAGCUUGCCGGUGGCGAGGGAGAAAUGGAUGUAGCGAGAGCAGCGGCAAAACUUGGUGUAAACUUGACUUUGUCAUCGCAAUCAACUACCAGCUUGGAAGAUGUUAUGUCCUGCAAGGAAAGCUCGUCCGGUGGAGGUGAUCCUGCAUUUUGGAUGCAGCUCUAUCUCACGAAAGAUCCCGAGAAAAGCGUUCCUUUGAUCAAAAGGGCUGAAGCUGCUGGCUAUGAAGCCCUGGUCUUGACUGUAGAUACACCCUCUCCUCAAACUGACAGAAAACCAACUUUCAAUCGCAGACUCAUGGACGCGCGCAUACUUCACGACGCUGAAACCAUCCUCAGCGAAGCUGGUGGGAGUACUCACAGCAACAGCCUCACGUGGGACACUACCAUUCCACUUAUGAGAAAAGUAGCUCCGGGUAUGAAGAUUAUUCUCAAAGGUAUCAUGACCCAUGAGGACGCGGUGUUAGCGGUGAAUCAUGGUGCCGAUGCAAUCGUGGUUUCAAAUCAUGGGGGGAGGCAGCUUGAUGAGGCGAGUUCUACUAUGGAAGCUUUACCUAUUAUUCAUGCUGCUCUGGCCACUAAAUCUCCGGAGCCUGGGAGGAGGAACAAGAUUCCAGUUAUUUUUGACGGCGGAGUUAGAACUGGCGCUGAUGUGUUCAAGGCAUUGGCUUUGGGGGCAGAUUUUGUGCUGGAGGGUGUGGAGACUGUGAUUAAUAUUUUGGAGAGAGAGCUUUCGAGGACGAUGGCGUUAGCUGGUGUUACGAAAAUAAUAAGUAAGGAGUAUAUCGGGGUUAAGAACGUUGGAGGUUUUGGGGUGUCAAAGUUGUAA